CUUUUAAAUGUGUUUUAAUUGGAAUGCCUGUAUCUUUUGAUGAACUUUUAUGUUAAUCUACCGAUUGAUAAAGUUUGUUGGAAACAGUUCAGUGUCACAACGACCUACAUACUCAUGGUCGAACAACGAUCAAAAUAAGUCAAAUAUACUUAUUAGCUUCCCUAUUUUAUGUAAUAUCAUUUUCUCCUAGCGAUAAUUCGGGCCAAGUGCGAGUUCUUGAUCGUGACACAGUUACUCCGUAUUUUGUACUCGUUAAAAUAUUUGAUAAGAUAUUGCAGACAGAUGGAAUAAUUUAUCUAAGCCGAUUAAUAUCCCCCUUCGAAUGACGUACUACUGGUUUUAUAAUGACGAACUACUAUUUCAGUGUGUAAUUUUUCGGACACUGAACGUAGUUGAUGUUUGCAACUUUGUAAAGAUACUAACCAAUAUAGUUGUACAUAUGGUUGUAUAGUUUUUUUUAUCGUCCAGGGACGCGUAACGAAUGACAAAGAAAAAGUGCGUCAAGGUGGCGGAAAUAUUAAUAAUCAAUAACCAUAUUUUUGUCGAAUAAACGUAAACGAUUCGAAUAAUCGUUCGUUAAAUAUCAUCCAAUGUCGCAUUGUCGAGUGUAAAUGGUGGAAAAACAAACAUAUCAUAAGAUACCGGAAUGUAGCUUACUCUGCAUAAAUUGAUAAGGAAUGAACAAAAUGGCGACGGUUAUAAUUAGCACAAAAGUUAAAAAGAAAAAAAUUUACUCUCAACACCGCGUAGCUUCUUGGAUCUGCUUUUUGCCAGAUUGGUUUAUAAGUUGCGUCAUCUCGUCUGUGAUAACGCCAGUAAAGAAAAUGCUAAUCGACACGGACGCGGGAGCUGACGAUGCGGUCGCCAUCAUCAUGGCGACGGAAUCCGAAAAUCUGAACGAGGGACCAGAAAUUGUUGGCAUUACAUGCGUGAAUGGAAAUGCUGACGUCGACAUGAUCGCCCUGAACGUCCUCAAGACUCUCAAGACCGUAAACAGACUCGACAUUCCAGUCUACAAGGGUGCGUCCCAUCCAUUGCUGUUGCCUGAUCAGAACAAGCGCUAUUUCGGCCACGAUGGAUUCGGAGAAUUUUACUACCCUGAUCCACCCUCAACUGACUUGAUCAACCAGAAGGACGCUGUGAGCGCGAUGAUUGAACUCGUAAAGCAGCAUCCAGGCGAGGUCACGAUCCUAGCUUUGGGACCACUGACGAACAUCGCCUUAGCUAUUAGAAUCUAUCCCGAAUUCCUGGAGAAGCUGCAGCAGCUGAUCGUCAUGGGCGGAAGUACCGAAGGUCGAGGAAGCGCGCAGCCUGGAAUCGAAUUCAACUUUGCUGCCGACCCCGCGGCAAACUUCAUCGUGUUCAACUCGUCAACGUCAAGGCCGACGACCCUGAUAUCUCGGGAAACGGCUCGAAGAGCCGGGGUACCGACGAGUUUCAGGAAGUCCUUGUCCAAUUCAAAUAAUACAAAAAUUUGGUUAAUCGAUUCUGCAAUGGCCUCGACUACGAAACCGAACGCAACCUACUCGUAUUGGCCAGACGCGGUAGCCGCCGCUGUCGCCCUGACUUCCGGUAGCAUCGUAACCGAGUCGGAAGCUUACUAUUCGGACGCUAUUUACGAGGGCACGAAAACUGCUGGGAUGAUCGUGGUCGACUACACAAACAUCACCAAGAACGCUGCCAACACGAACGUCAUUCAAAACGUAAACGCGACCGUUUACCUGCAACUACUUUCAAGAUACUUCCUGUAAUUAUAAUUGAUCGGACUAGUCACUCUUUUUAGGAACUUUUGGUACUAAAAAUUGUCAAUUUAACGGAAUUCGCUGUUAAUAUUAAGACGAUUCAAAUAUUAUCCUCAGUCAACACGCAAAAUUUCACGUUACAAACGCAGAAUGGACAUUGUAAGAUUCCCGGUAAUCAUUUGUUACAAGCAAUAUGAUGCCUUGUGUAACGUAGGCAUGUAUUUGUGCGAGUGUUGUCAUAGUGGUCUAAGAACGAGCUGAUGAACCAGGAGGUCAGUCGUGACACGAGUGUCGUCAGAUUAACUACCACAAAAACUCUGUAUAUAGUUCGAAUUUCUAUGACACCUUGAAUGCAUCCAAAUUAAAUUCAAUCCAUGUAUUCAUUUCCUACUCCACCACCCUUGGUCGUAGCUACGUUAGUUGCAACAUUAUCGAAUACCAAUUAUCAAGAAUUCACAUCUUAUUCUACACGUGAACAACUGGAUUACCUGCUUGCUUGACUUUUCCAGUAAACAGCGAAUGUUACGCAAGAAACAUGGCCGAAACGUUAUCGUUUAAUCGAAAUAAUGAU